UCUGCAAAGAAGGGAAAAUGCUCGCCGUGAAUUUUCGUUCGUCGACGAGGAUACAAUACCCAUAGUGCACGAACGAUCAUUUCGUAUUAAAAUCAAGAUGAACGGCUGCAUCCAAAGAAAAAUUGUUCUCAUGGAGGCUAAUGUCGAGGAUUCGAAUCAAAACUUUGACUAGUUUUUAUAAUGAAUCUAAACCAUUUCCAUUGAGGCCUCUUAAACCAUCGUCGGCCAUAGUAAUUACAGGUUAUAUACCGCCAAAUGUAUUAAGGUUUUCAGUAAAUUUAUUAUGCAAAACAACGGGUAAUGUUGCGUUGCAUUUCAAUCCCCGUUUGGACAGAGGAUAUGUUGUACGAAAUACGAAAUACAAAGGAACGUGGGAGGAGGAGGAAACAUGUUCUCCUGCUAGUCAUUUAACCUUUCGACACAACUGUUAUAUACACAUUUUAAUAUUUUGCACGACCAACGCAUUUCAGAUUGCGAUAAAUGGAGAACAUUUUUGUGCGUUUUCAUACAGAAUGUCUUUAGAUGACAUAGUGAGCCUCGAAAUAACUGGAUCACUGGAAGACACCAGAUAUCGACAGCUUGAGUUAUUCGUAUAUCCUGAUUCAAAGAUAUGCAAAUCGAGCACUUCUUUGAGUUUGAAAGCCGACAAACCGCUCAUCGAGCUUCUCAAUAUGCCAAUUACUGUGGAUCUUGGAGGUGAAUUCAAGAUAGGAACUAGAUUAUUUAUAGCUGGAAGAUUAAAACUUCUUCCUCAUUCAUUUUACGUAAAUCUGCAAAAAGGAAAAAUGAUCUAUCCUCAUCCCACGAUUGCUUUACAUUUGAAUCCGCGCUUUUUAUACGGUAGCAACGUGCCUUACGUCGUAAUGAACUGUUGGUCAAAUGGAUCUUGGGGACACGAAGAAAGACAUCAUGGACAUUUAUCAUGGAUGCCCGGUCGUAAUUUCCUGCUAACGAUUCGUUGCGAAUGCGACGCAUACUCAAUAUGGCUUGGCGACAAAAUGAUUGGUGAAUUCAAACACAGAUCCGAACCAAGUCUCAUCGACACCCUCAAAAUAUCUGGAGACGUCGUGCUUCAUGAAUUAGCUAUAACGCAUAUGGUUUAAUUAAAGAUUCUAUGAUUUGUUCUUAAUUGUAUGAAGCGAGUUUACUUUUUCUUUUACCUUAUUUUGUAGCACAAUUUGUAUCAUUGGAAUUUCACAUGAAUAGCUUUGUAUAAUAUAUAUCUGUAUCGCAAAACAUUUAUAUACAAAUGUAAUUAAAAUAUGUUAUAUUAAAAUUUUCCGUAUUGGACUUCUUUUGCAUACUUUCGCUGAAAUGACAAUAAAGAAAAUAGAGGUGCAAUUCAA